UGGUAAGAUGAGAUAUCCAGCUGACUCACCAACUUGGAAAUCUAUUGAUGCUAGGUGGCCUGAAUUCGGCAAUGAACCUAGGAAUAUCCGUCUUGGUCUUUCUGUAGAUGGAAUCAAUCCACAUACAACCCUUAACAGUAAGUAUAGUUGCUGGCCAGUUUUGCUUGUGAUGUAUAACUUGCCGCCUUGGUUGGUAAUGAAGCGAAAAUUCACUAUGCUUACACUGUUGAUAUCAGGCCCUUCACAACCUGGUAAUGACAUUGAUGUGUAUUUAGCCCCUCUAGUUGAUGAUUUGAGUCAAUUGUGGUAUGAGGGUGUUCCUGCAUACGAUGCCUUUAGGAAAGAAGAAUUCAAUCUUAAGGCCAUAUUACUGUGGACCAUUAAUGAUUUUCCAGCUUUCGGAAAUCUUUCUGGAUACAGUGUGAAAGGGGACAAGGCAUGUCCUAUUUGUGAGGAGAAAACAUGCUCUAUGUAUUUGAAACACUCUAAGAAAAUGUGUUAUAUGGGACAUCGAAAGUUUUUACCAAAGGAACAUGUGUUUCGGACUUGGAAAAAAGCAUUCAACGGUAAGCAGGAAUUUGAAUUGCCACCUUCACCUCUGCAAGGGGAACAAGUAUUUGAGAAGUUGAAUAAAGUUCAAUUCCACCUUGGAAAGCGAAAAAUGACUUCAAAGAAAAGAAAAGGUCGGCGUGAGAAAAGUGACAUUACAAAUGAACCUCAGGGGCCAUGGAAGAAGAAGUCAAUAUUUUUUGAGCUCGAAUAUUGGAAGCAUUUGUUUGUACCUCAUAAUUUGGAUGUGAUGCAUAUUGAGAAAAAUGUAUCAAACAACUUGCUUAAUACCUUGUUCAAUAUUCCUGGGCGGAGCAAAGAUGGAAUCAAAUCCCGCCUAGAUUUGAAAGAGUUAGGGAUCCGGACCAAUUUACACCCACAAGUUGUUGGUGGACGAACGUUUUUACCACCGGCUUGUCAUGCUCUGACUAAAGUAGAAAAACAAUCUUUCUGUAGUUCUAUCUCCCAUGUGAAAUUACCUGAAGGGUACUCUUCAAAUGUAUCAGAUUGGGUGGAUACAAACAAAUUGAGUUUGAGUGGUCUUAAAUCUCACGAUCAUCAUAUGUUGAUUCAACACAUUCUACCGGUGAGUAUCCGUUCUGUGUUGCCUAAGAAAGUUAGAUAUGCAAUCACGAGGUUGUGUUUGUUCUUCAAAUCUCUUUGUUGUAAAGUGGUUGAUGUCCCUAAGUUAAUGAAUCUCAGGUCAGAAAUUAUAGAAGUUUUGUGUUAUUUGGAACAAUUUUUUCCACCUUCCUUUUUUGACAUAACGGUUCACCUAACAGUGCAUUUAGUGAGAGAGGUGAAGUUGUGUGGACCUGUGUACUUAAGAUGGAUGUACCCAUUUGAACGAUACAUGAAAAUGUUGAAAGGUUAUGCUAGAAAUAAAAGUAGGCCCGAGGGUUGUAUUGUUGAAUCAUACAUCGUUGAAGAGACGAUUGAAUUCUGCUCAGACUACAUGUCAGAGGUUACAACUGUUGGCUCUCGCCUUACUCUGGUCGAUAUUGGAACAAGUAGAGAGAAUAGAGGUGUUUCUGUUUGCGGUGUUAGCCGAGCUGAUCGUGAAGAAGCUCACCGACUUGUUUUGCAAAAUAUUGACGAGGUCCAACUAUACAUUGAGGAACAUUUUAAUUGGAUCAAGACCACUACUCCGACUAAGGCAAUGAAUCAAAAAUGGGUACAAGAUGAACAUUAUCGAAAUUUCAAUACAUGGUUUAAAAAAAAGGUAUAUGUGGAAAUGUGUGAAUCCCCAAGCAAUGUAUCUAACACGCUACUUUGCAUAUCACGAGGUCCUUCGUGUGAUGUACUCAAGUAUCAAUCGUACUAUAUAAAUAGUACUCAAUUUUGCACCCAAAACCAUGAUAAAUGUAAAAAAACACAGAAUAGUGGUGUAAUGAUAGUUGCUAAGACUUUCCAACUAUCUAGUUCAAAAGAUAAAAAUUCUAAUGAAUGUGACAUGUCUUUUUAUGGUGUAAUUCAAGAAAUUUGGGAAUUAGAUUACAAUAGUUUUCGGAUCCCUGUUUUCCUUUGUGAUUGGGUUAGGAGUGAUAAUGGAGUCAAAGACGAUGAAUUUGGAUUCAAGUUAGUGGACUUGAAUCGAAUUGGCCACAAGUUCAAUAAGUUUAUAAUGGCGUCCCAAGCCACUCAAGUAUUUUACAUGAGCGAUCCAUUAGAUGCACGUUGGUCAGUUGUCUUGACAACGCAACCAAAAGAUUAUGCUAACCAAGAGUCUAGUGACGAUGAUCUCAUGCUCAGUGACCAAAUUUAUCAAAUCACUCCACCACUUAUUGAUUUCACUGUUGAGGACGAUAUAAUAUCAUCUCGAGAUGAUGGGGAAGGAUUAUGGGUGAACGAACCUAUCAAUACAUAAGUUAUCAAAUACAUAUUGAUUCAUUAUGGAAUCAGCACCAAACGAUGAUUGGGAUGGUUUCGUUUAUGAAGAGGAAGAAGCACCCGAAGAACAAUCCAUGCGAGAAGAAUCCAGUGUUAAACACGAAGAACCAAAGAAGAAAAACACACGCGGUAGAAGCAAACCGAACGAUAUAACAAAAAUUAAAAAUGAGGGGAAGAUUCUGGAAGUUGAGUACAAUACACCUAUUAUAGGCAUGAUCCUAUUAGAAUAGAAAGAACUUCAUAUGUUGCUUGAUAAUACUAAAAUUCUUUUUAGUGUGACACACCAUACAAUACCCCUCAAUAGGUUGAAUAUGUCUUGAUAUUACUGUGUUGAUUGGCCAAUAAAAUGACUAUUUGUAUUUAUAUAUAUAAGCAUAUCUAAUCUAACUAGUAUUUCUAAA